GUCAACGUCAAAAUCAAAAUCAAUCAAUUCUGUUCUGUCCUACUUUUAUGUUCAAUGCUUUGUACUUUCCGCGCGAUUAAUGAAAUGAAAUAAUCUUAAUUUAUGAACAUACAAUGGCAAAACAGCAGGGUAAAGUUUAUUUAGGGUUCGAAGAAGAGGCAGUGGGUGAAAAAAACCAAACUUUAUUAAAUUAUACAGUAAAUAAAAUUGGUGGAUUUCCCGAUUGGCCGCCUCUCGAGAACGUACAAUUUCCUUCUAAGUGUCAAUUAUGUGGAUUGCACAGAAUUUUAAUCGUCCAAUGCUAUGCUCCUCUGGAAAAUUCGGUUUAUCAUCGCACUUUAUAUCUUUUCGCCUGUAUUAAUCCUAAUUGCUGGAUUCAAUCAGAAAGUUGGAUUUGUGUUCGAAGCCAAUAUCAAGACAACUCUAUUAAACAGUCAAGUACAAUAGUGAACUUGCCGUCAGUUGAGACUAAUCUCAGUUGGUGCACCGGUGCUGAUGAAUGGGAUGAAAAUGACAAUGGUGACACUGCCAAUGGGAACUUUAUGAAUGUGGAUAAUGCUCCCAGCCCUAAUAAUGGCAUGCACAGAAAUUCUGAUGAGGAUGAAGAAAGCAACUCCUUAGAAGUGGAAACUGUAGAGCAAGCUCUUGGUAAUCUCCAUGUGUUUGAUGCACAUAAUGCCAACAUGUCUCCAGUGCAAGGAGCUGUAGGGGCUAUAGGAGUACCAGUGGCCGCAGCAGAGCUAGAGGGUGGCGACGAGCCGGGGCUUGUCACUGUUGACACACCCACCGCUGCUUCCAACGAUAUAGAAGCGCUCCUGCACCAGACAGCAGAGCUACCGCAGGACAUACGAAGCCGAUUGAUGUGCGCUCCAAUGCAGUUUGUGCCCAAAUACAUUUACGUUGAAGAGGAAUGGCACAAGGUGUCUAGCCAAGAUGACAGGGUGACGGAAUUGCUCAAUAAAUACAAGAAAGAAAAUGAACUAGAGGCAUGUGUCGUCGGCGGCGGGGGCGGCGGCGGGCCGGACGAGGAACAGUACGAGGAGACGGCGCCGCUGCACGGAGACCGGCUCUUCCACGCCUUCCUGGCCCGCCUCAGGAAGAACCCGGGGCAGAUCUUAAGGUACUCCCGCGUGGAGGCGCCGCUGCUGGGCGCGCCGCUGCCGCGCGCCGCCGGCGCCGGCGCCGACUCGCCCGGCGCGCCUGCCGCCUGCGCGCGCUGCGGCGGGAGCCUCGUCUGCGAACUCCAACUCGUGCCAGAGUUCGCUGAAACCCUCUCGCUCCCGCCCGUCUCCCACGCGUCGCCGCCUCCCGCUCUCUCGCACCUGCACUUCCUGUCGGUGUUCGUGUUCACGUGCGCGCAGAGCUGCUGGCAGCCGGGCGACGCGCUCGUGCCGGAGACCGUCCUCUUCCAGCCUGAAGUUGUUUAAGCGGAGCCGAGCGGCUGCCAGGGGAAAUGUGACAGGCAA